ACCCCUGUAUCGUCUUGACGAAUCGCCACCCAAAUCCCGCGAGAGAUUUGAGCAGCCUGCCGAAAUCUCGCGGUUUUCCGAAAAUACGUGAGAGGGACUGCAUUCACCAAAGUAAGGGCUACGUCAUGUCUGAUAGCGAAGACAGUGACUUCUCGGACAACCAGAGCGACCGCAGCAGCGACGGGGAGGCCGAGGAAGUGGAGGAGAAUGAGGAGGAGACGGCUAGUCCGGUGGGCAGCGACAAGGUAGCUGAGGAGGAGGGAGAGGACCUGGAGGACGAGGAAGAAUAUGAUGAGGAAGAGGAGGAGGACGAUGAUGAGCGUCCCAGGAAGAAGCCAAGACACGGAGGAUUCAUCCUGGAUGAAGCCGACGUGGAUGAUGAGUAUGAGGAUGAGGAGGAUCAGUGGGAGGAAGGAGCUGAAGACAUCUUGGAGAAAGUUAACGAGGAGGCUGAAGUGUCAAACAUCGACCAUGUGGUUUUGGACGAGGAUCACUCUGGAUCCAGGCGGCUACAGAACCUCUGGAGAGACUCCAGAGAGGAGGCUCUGGGUGAAUAUUACAUGAGGAAAUAUGCCAAGUCCUCAGGAGGAGAGCAUCACUCUGGAGGCUCUGAGGAACUGUCGGAUGACAUCACACAGCAGCAGCUGCUUCCUGGUGUCAAGGAUCCAAACCUGUGGACAGUGAAGUGUAAGAUUGGAGAAGAGCGAGCGACAGCCAUUGCAUUGAUGAGGAAGUUCAUUGCCUACCAGUUCACUGACACACCACUGCAGAUUAAAUCCGUGGUCGCCCCUGAUCAUGUUAAAGGCUACAUCUACGUGGAGUCAUACAAACAGACGCAUGUCAAGUCAGCCAUCGAGGGCAUCGGGAACCUGAGAAUGGGCUUCUGGAACCAGCAGAUGGUUCCCAUCAAAGAAAUGACAGAUGUCCUCAAGGUCGUCAAAGAGGUCACCAACCUGAAGCCCAAGUCCUGGGUGCGACUGAAGAGAGGCCUGUACAGGGACGACAUCGCUCAGGUUGAUUAUGUGGAGCUGAGUCAGAACACAAUCUCCCUGAAGAUGAUCCCGCGAAUAGACCUGGCCCGAAUCAAGGCCAAGAUGAGUCUGAAAGAUUGGUUCUCAAAGAAGAAGUACAAGAGGCCUGCUCAGAGGCUGUUUGAUGCUGAGAAGAUCAGGUCCCUGGGCGGGGAGGUCAGCCAUGAUGGAGACUUCAUGAUCUUCGAGGGGAACCGUUACAGCCGCAAAGGAUUCUUGUUUAAAAGUUUUGCCAUGUCUGCUGUGAUCACAGAUGGCGUGAAGCCCACUCUGUCUGAGCUGGAGAAGUUUGAAGACCAGCCCGAAGGAAUCGACCUGGAGGUUGUCACAGAGUCAGGUAAGGAGCGUGAACACAACCUGCAAGCUGGUGACAAUGUGGAGGUGUGUGAGGGAGAGUUGAUCAACCUACAGGGAAAAAUCCUGAGUGUGGACGGCAACAAGAUCACCAUCAUGCCCAAACAUGAAGACCUUAAGGACCCUCUGGAGUUCCCAGCUCACGAGUUGCGUAAAUACUUCCGUAUGGGCGACCAUGUUAAGGUGAUCGCUGGGCGUUACGAAGGAGACACCGGUCUCAUCGUCAGAGUGGAAGAAAACUUUGUCAUACUCUUCUCCGACCUCACCAUGCACGAGUUGAAGGUGUUACCUAGAGACCUGCAGCUUUGCUCAGAGACGGCGUCUGGUGUCGAUGCUGGGGGACAGCAUGAAUGGGGAGAGCUGGUUCAACUUGACCCACAGACAGUUGGAGUCAUUGUCCGUUUGGAGAGAGAGACAUUCCAAGUGUUGAACAUGCACGGGAAGGUGCUAACAGUGCGUCACCAGGCAGUGAACCGUAGGAAAGACAACCGCUUUGCUGUUGCGCUCGACUCGGAGCAGAACAACAUCCAUGUCAAGGACAUUGUGAAGGUCAUCGACGGGCCGCACUCUGGCCGCGAAGGCGAAAUUCGACACCUGUUCCGAGGCUUUGCCUUCCUUCACUGCAAGAAGCUGGUGGAGAACGGAGGCAUGUUUGUCUGCAAGACGCGACAUCUGGUGUUAGCGGGUGGAUCCAAGCCAAGAGAUGUGACCAACUUCACUGUGGGAGGAUUCGCUCCAAUGAGUCCUCGCAUCAGCAGCCCCAUGCACCAUGGUGGAGGAGGUGCGCAGCAGAGAGGAGGAGGAGGAGGAGGAGGAGGAGGAGGAGGUGGUGGCGGCGGCGGCGGCGGCCCUGGAGGAGGAAUGGGAAGGGGCAGAGGACGGAGAGACAAUGAACUGAUUGGUCAGACAGUUCGUAUCUCGCAGGGUCCUUACAAAGGAUACAUUGGGGUGGUUAAGGACGCAACGGAGUCAACGGCCCGAGUGGAACUUCACUCCACUUGUCAGACCAUUUCUGUGGACAGACAGCGCCUGACCACCAUGGGAGCUAAGAGACACGGCGGAAUGACGUCGGCACAUGGACGCACGCCGAUGUACGGCUCCCAGACUCCCAUGUAUGGCACCGGCUCCAGAACGCCGAUGUACGGCUCUCAGACACCACUGCACGACGGAAGCCGUACGCCUCACUACGGCUCUCAGACGCCACUGCAUGAUGGGAGCAGAACGCCAGGUCAGAGCGGAGCCUGGGACCCCAACAACCCCAACACACCAUCCAGAAAUGAGGAAGAGUACGACUUUGGCUACGAUGACGAGCCUUCCCCCUCCCCGCAAGGGUACAGUGGAACACCCAACCCACAGACCCCGGGUUACCCAGAAGUCCCCUCUCCGCAGGUCAACCCUCAGUACAACCCUCAAACACCUGGCACGCCUGCUAUGUAUAACACAGAGCAGUAUUCUCCCUAUGCGGCCCCUUCACCGCAAGGCUCUUAUCAGCCCAGCCCCAGUCCUCAGAGCUACCACCAGGUGGCGCCCUCACCAGUUGGCUACCAAAACACGCACUCGCCAGCCAGCUACCAUCCGACACCCUCCCCAAUGGCUUAUCAGGCCAGUCCCAGUCCCAGUCCUGUGGGUUACAGUCCCAUGACACCUGGAGCGCCCUCUCCUGGAGGCUAUAACCCUCACACCCCAGGCUCUAACAUUGAGCAGGGCAGCAGCGACUGGGUGACCACAGACAUUCUGGUCCGAGUGAAGGACUCCUUCAUGGACCUGAUGGGACAGACCGGUGUCAUCAGAAGUGUUACGGGAGGGAUGUGUUCAGUGUUCAUGCAGGAGUCGGAGAAGGUGGUCAGUAUCAGCAGUGAUCACCUAGAGCCUGUCACACCAACCAAGAACAACAAGGUUAAGGUGAUUCUUGGAGAGGACCGCGAGGCAACAGGUAUCUUGUUGAGCAUUGACGGAGAUGAUGGUAUUGUUCGCAUGGAGCUGGACGACCAGCUGAAGAUCCUCAACCUGAGGUUCCUGGGACGCCUGGAGCACUGAGAUGCUUCUGAAUGAGUGAGACAGAGACAGAGACAGAGAAAGACAGUGGGACACACGCAGAGUGCAGUGGAAGUACGGAAAACACAAACUUUGUUGCAGAGCUGAUGAAAUUUUUUAUUUUUUUCAACUUUAAAGAAGUCACACACAUACACGCUGCACAGCACAAAAAUCUCUCCUCUGUUUUUUGUUGUUUUUUUUAUUUUUUAAUUAGUAUCACUGUUUCUUAUUAGUGCUCUGAGUCUGUUUUUAGAUCAUUGUUGUUUUGUUUAUCCUGGAGUGGGACAGUUUAAAACAACAAAAACGCAUCUAUGUAUCGUCAAUAAAGUGUGAACCAGUCAA